AUGGAUGGGUUUAGUGGCUACAAUCAAAUCAAGAUGUCACCUAAAGAUGUCGAGAAGACAACCUUUCGAAUGCCGUAUGAGAAUUUUUAUUACACGGUCAUGCUGUUCCGUCUUAAGAAUGCUGGCGCCACCUACCAAAAGGCCAUGACGGCAGUGUUUCAUGACAUGAUGGGAAAAGAAGUGGAAGACUAUGUGGAUGACCUUGUGGUGAAGUCCAAAACCAGAGAAAGCCAUCAAGAAGUUUUAAGGAGGGUGCUGGAAAGGUGUCGACUGUACGGAUUGAAGAUGAAUCCAAAGAAGUGUGCGUUCGGGGUUUCAUCUGGCCUUGCUGCCACAAUGAGUGUUUUUACUCCAUUACUCAAGAAAGGCAAGCCAUACAAGUGGAGCAAGGAAUGCCAAGAAGCCUAUCAGCAAGUGCAACAAAUAAUCACCAAGUUGCCCACCAUGAGAGCACCCAUUCUGGGACUUCUGCUCAAGCUUUAUUUGGCUGCAACAAACACAGUGCGCUUGCAACACUACUUCAUUGCUCACAAGCUACAUCUCAUAGUGAAGUCUGACCGCGUAAGAUAUUUGCUCACAAGGCCGGUGUUAUCUGGAAGUCUUGCACGUUGGUCGCUACAGCUGUUCGAAUUUGAUAUCACAUGCACCACUCCAAAAGCCAUCAAAGGACAAGCCGUGAUUGACAUGUUGGCUGUAUUUCCCGAAGUAGAAGAAUCAAUGCUUUCUAAGGAGGUUCCGGAGGAGCUGUCGGAAAUAGUUGCUAUUGUUACAAAAGAGGGACCAUGGACCGUCUACUUUGAUGGGUCUUCUACAUCGAAAGGUGGAGGAGCAGGGGUUACUAAUAGGUAUGCUGAUGCAUUGGCUACUUUGGGGUCAAAGCUCUCAUUUGUUGAAGAACAACCCAACAUUGCCGUGAUCAAGAAAGACAUGCUAGUGAUCGAAGCAAUGGCUCAAGAGGAUGACUGGAGGAAGUCUGUGAAAGAAAAAAUGGGCAAGGGAAGCGAUAUCAAAGAAUUAAAAGAUUAUGGGAUCAUCCUUGAGGAGCUGUACAAACGCCUUCCAGGAGGUAUUUUGACCCGCUGCAUAGGGACAAUAGAAGCACGAGUGAAGCUCCAAAAGGUACAUGAGGUCACUUACAAUUUGGAGCUGAUAAUCAGUUUGUAUCGGCGCUUGCAACACAAGGGUUAUUACUGGCCAGAAAUGAGGAAACAAGCAGCUGAAAUGCAGGCCAAUUGUCCCAAGUGUGCAACGAUACCCUCCAUUGAAGAAUCAUUCACCAUCUCGUUUGCGGAGGAUUGGAGGGCUCCAUACUUAGCAUCCUUCAUCAACGGAGUUUUGCCAACCAAACCCAAGCAUGCCCGUAAGCUCAAAAAGACAAUGAAAAGGUACUUUAUGGAUGGGUCGACUCUCUACCGCAAAGGAUUCAAUGGUAAGCCAUUAAAAUGCUUAGGAGAAUUAGAGGCACAGGAAGUUAUGCAAGAAAUUCAUGCUGGAGAAUGUGGUAAGCAUCAAGGAAUGAAGAGGCUUUACCAGCAGCUGCUAAGUGUCUGGUUCGGAAUGCCAUACAAGAUCGUCACCGACAAUGGUACCCCAUUUGUUAAUAAGCAAUAUGAAGGAGGUUGGAGUGUUCACCUGUCGGAUGCCUUAUGGGCUUACUGUACCUCUCCGAGAAGCGCCAUAGGCUUCUCGCCUUAUUCGCUCGUUUACAGGUCCAAUGCCAUCUCACCUAUUGAAAUUACCAUCUCCACCACCAGAGUGUCAGCCGUUAAUGAUCUUGAAUGGGAUACAAUGUCAUGCUCAGGUUGGCGCUUGCUGGAUCUUGAAGCCUUGGACGAGAAAAGAGCAGAAGCCGAAAGGAGGACAGCGCUGUACCACAGAACCGUAGCUCAAGCCUAUAACAGGAUAGUCAAGCCUCGCGCCUUCAAAUAA